UUGAACUCCUAUAUGAUAAAAAUCUAAUUUCACGAUUUGCAGAUGUAAUAAUUCUAUAAUCUAAAAAUUUAGCAUUGAUCUAAUGGAAAAUAAGGAUGAUUUUUAAAAUUUUAGAAUUUUUAAAUCACAUAUCUUAUUUGUUGCAUUUAUUGUAGACACAGAAAUUCAAAAAUCAGCUAUAAUGCUACAACUGGAAAUACGAGGAAUAAAAGAGCUUAGAAUUCAAUUACUCGCAGGUCGAUUAAAAGCAUUCGAAGAUUUAAGAAUCGAAAAAUUCUCAGAUCUUAAUCUGAAGAUGUGAUAAUCAAGUGAGAAACGAAGUAAGAUAAUUUUUGUGGCGCGAAUCUCUCCGUAUCAGAGUAAUAACGGGAAGUAAAUGUAAUUUCUCCAUAACGUAGUGGAAUCGUUUAAGCAUCUCGUUCGUCCAAUUAGAGUUAAUCAUACGCGAGAGAAUUAGAGCUUCGAGUAUGUUGAGGGAAGGAUACCGAAACGAGCUGGUAGCAGGAUCUACGUGACUCCAGAUACGGAUUUAUAUUAGGUGGUAUACUUUGCCAACUAAAAUGUUCUUUUUAACAUAUGCAACUACAAAUCAAUUAUUUUAAGAAUAAAAAUGAAGAGAGAUGUUUCAGUAAAUCAUUAUUUAUAAAGUACACCUAUACGAAAUAUUCUAGCGUUUUUUUAGCUCUCCGAAGAAAAUAUUGAAGCAAAAAUAUUCUCAAUUAUCUUACAUGCAGUUUAAAUACUUUAAAUACAAUUGCUGUAUUAUACAAUUAUAAAUUUAUUCCUUUAUGGGACAAAACGUUCGAUUGUAAUAAUUAACGAAAUUUAUGUGUGAGUACAAAAAGUAUUCGUAUAUCGCCAUUUUUCGUCUGUACGUUUUAAUUAGCAGUUAAGAAUGUAAACAUGACUAGAUCGUAAAGCGUUAUACAAUAAAAUAAUAUUCAUGCAUUAUCAUCUUUGUUUCUCUGAAUCUCAUUUUAUUUCAUUAGUAAAUAAACUCAACAUCUAAGAAAUGUAGACGUUCAUGUAAAAUGUUUAGAUAUAGAUAUCAAUGUUGUAUCAUUAUCUAAUGCAUUGUUCGUAAAACUGUCCGACAACAUAUAGUUUGUAAUGUUUAUUAUUUUAGAAGUGUGGUAUAAAAAUAUUUUUUUUAAUUGAAGAUUAUAUUCCUUUAGAUUUUAUAUUAUUCUAUCAUCAGCAUAUUUUCUGAAAAAGAAAUCCGAAAAAAAUUAUGAAACUUAAUGAAACAAUUUGCUCUAGGAUAAUUUGUUAAAAAACUACAAAUUAUUAAUUAGAGAUUAAAAGUAUAAACAAAAAUAUGCAGGCAGAGAUUUGUUUCUUCUUUCUUUUUUAAUGUGUGAUACGAAAUUAAUAGAUACUAUCGCAAAAUAAAACAAUGGCAUACGAAUACUUUUAUAGUACACUUACUUUUUGUUCAUUUUCAGUAUACAAUUACAAGUAUUUUUAGCAUUCUUGGGCAUUCGCCUAGGUUGCCUAGCGUAUUACUAGCGGAUCUGCUUAUGUUAUCGAUGAGGAAAGUUACACGAAUUAGCGAAAGAUGAUGCUAUUACGUAAACAAUAUGAGGACAAUGUAGCACUUGCAUUAUAUAUAUAUAUAUAUAUAUGCCGUUCACUGCAAUCCCGUAAUAAUAAUUCUGCCAAUUAAUUCACAGUCGAAUUUUUGCAAGCAAAAAUAGGAAACGAUCGUUUAACCCCUUAGUCGCACAUCUAUAAUUAUGAUUAAGCAUAAACUUGAUCAUAAAUUGAUUGCGUCUGAAUUCUGUUAAAGGGUUAAUUUAUUGACAAAUAACUUAAUCGAUCGUCUUUAACGCUUUCGUGAGCUAAAAAUAUUCCUAUAGAAUUGCGUUUAUGUAAACUGCAGUUUCACUUUUACGCGCGUCCUAUCAAGACGAGAGCAUUAAUACGCUUGUAAUCAUGUUUUCCAUAAGGUUCGCAGUUUCAAAAAAGAAAAUCUAUUACAGCUAGGCCUUAAAUUAGAAAUUUACCGCUAAAAGGUAAUUUAUUAUCAACGAAGCAGGAGUUAACAGUUCAUAUUUAGACGCGAUUUAUUUCUAAUGCAAUUUAUCUUUUUAUUGAUAGCCUUGUAAAUUUCAAUACAUACAAUAUCUUGAGACAAUAAAUAUAUAUCGAAUGUUACGAGCAAUAUAUCGUCUUUGGCCUUUUGUUUGUAGCAAUUUUCUAACCCACUUUGUGUGUUCAUAUGAUAUACUCUGCUGUGUUAAAUGUGAUUAACUUACAUAGACAAAUUCAAAUCUAUCAAAAUUAAUUCUGUUAUUCUAUUAAAUCUUAUUAUUCGAUAUUUUUCUAACAACAGUUUCUGCUUAUAAUCCUCAAUGCGAAAUAAAUUAGCAUAAAUAAAGAUGACACUAUAUAUAUGUUAUUUGCGUGAAUUUCUUUAGCAAUAAAUUCCUCAUUUAAGUCGAUCUUUCUAGAUGUCACUCGUUUAUUAAAAAUAAACGCAUGGAUACAGUUUUUGUUGACUUCGGAAUUUUAUCAGAGUCAAAAUAGUUUCUGGAAAGCGAUCAAAAGAGAAGUAAUGCCGCGGAAUUCACGGCGCAACAACGAAUCGACGAAUUCAUUGCCCGCGUCGCGCAUUGCCUCUGAAAUCGCCGGAGAGUUUUUGCCUCCUCCCUCGCGAAUUCCAAUCGCGAAAUGGCAGAAGAUAUUGGAAGAUGAGCACGCCAGCCAUGUCGUCGGCUUUAUCCGCGAGGAGAUCGUCCGAUCGGCCGCGGACGCGAUUUGCGAAAAUUAUUUUCGGAAAGCGGUCUACGGUUUCGUUGUCAAUUGCGCGUACGAGGCCUGGAUGCGCGCGUUUCAGUGGGUGCAUCUGGAGUAUGAUAAUCGGGGGAUAUCCGACGGAUGCCCUGUCCCGGAUGAGGCACCGCCGCUAGUCGCUAAACAUCCCCGAUUACCUCGAGGCGUCCCGACGGUUUACGGUCGACUAGCGAAAUUGAUCGCGAGCCAAAAAUCGUCGAACCGUCGUUUUCGCGAAGCGCCCUGCGCGACAAGUGCACUGCACGGAAGGAGCGGAACAUUGCGGGAAGGACGAUUACGUACGAAGAUCCGUAAUUAAACAGGGUGGAAAUCGCAUAUGUGGCUGGCGAACAAUUAGCAUGGAACCAUCAAUUAAAUACUGGUUAAGACAAUUGAGUAAAAAAUAAUGGGAAUGAGUGCCCUGACGACGAUCGACGCUCAGAAUAGCAGCAUAAUAAAAAACAUCGGUUAAAUCAUGAUCAUAUCAAUCGGUAAUAAAUACUCGGUGACGAUAAA